AUGAAUACCGAUAUUGUCCAGAGCCGUUUCCUUUCCAACCCGCAAGACCUCGGUGUCGUUGCGGUUGGCUUCUCCAAGGGUCAGCCCAAAGCUGGUGUCGACGCUGGCCCCGAAGCUCUCAUCGACUCCGGCCUCCUUACCCAGAUCAGGGAGGAGCUUGGCUACAAACUGCAUGGUGACACCAAGGUCCAAAAGUACGAGGAGCUGAUUUCCACCACCGACGCCGAUCACCGUGGCAUGAAGAACCCUCUUACCACGUCGGCCGUCAACCGCAAGAUCUCCCAGGAGGUCUACGAGCACGCCAAGGAGGGACGUCUCGUCCUGACUCUUGGUGGUGACCACAGCGUUGCCAUUGGCACUGUCACUGGCAGCGCCAAGGCUAUUCGCGAGCGUCUGAACCGAGAGAUUGCCCUCAUCUGGGUUGAUGCUCACGCCGACAUCAACACCCCCGAGGUCAGCGACAGUGGCAACAUCCACGGCAUGCCUGUUGCUUUUGCCUCUGGCCUGGCCAAAGACGACAAGGAGGAGUACUUUGGCUGGAUCAAGGAGGACAUGCUACUCAAUAUUAAGAAGCUUGUCUACAUUGGCCUUCGCGAUGUCGACAAGGCCGAGAAGCAAACUCUUCGUGAAAACGGCAUCAAGGCUUUCAGCAUGUUCGACGUUGACCGCUACGGUAUCGGCCGCGUCGUCGAGAUGGCUCUUGCCUACAUUGGUGCCGACACCCCAAUCCACCUGUCCUUCGACGUCGACGCCCUCGACCCCAUGUGGGCCCCCAGCACUGGCACUCCCGUGCGCGGCGGUCUGACUCUCCGCGAGGGCGACUACAUUUGCGAAGCGGUACACCAGACUGGCUCCCUGGUAGCCAUUGAUCUUGUCGAGGUCAACCCCAGCUUAGCCGCCACCGAGGCUGGUGCCCAGGAGACUGUCCGAGCUGGCUGCUCCCUAGUGCGCUGUGCCCUUGGCGAGACGCUUUUGUAA